AUGACCCCACCAGUCAGCCGCCCAGAUGAAUCCCCCGGAACCUCCAGCACAACAGCUUUGCCUCGUUCCUCCCCCAAAACAUUCCUCCCCGCCAACGAACGCAGCGAGCGCAACCCACAACCACAGUACGUUCUUCCUCACGCACUUGGCCUUCUCCCCUCCGCCGAUUUAUAUGCUCAGCUGGGCUACAGACAUGCGCUUCCCCACCCCCACCUCGCCCACUCACCCGCACCCAACCCCAUCCCGAUGGCGGCCAACGACGACGACCCCCUCCCCCCGCCGCCGCCGCUGCCGCCGCCUCGCCGCCCCCACAAGCAGCUCCACCCGAGGAGGUACCAGGUGGAGGUGUUCGAGGCCGCGCUGCGGGGGAACACCAUCGCCGUGCUCGACACCGGCUCCGGGAAGACCAUGGUCGCCGUCAUGCUCGCGCGAGAGCACGUGCGCCGCGUGCGGGCCGGGGAGGCGCCCCGCCGCAUCGUCCUGUUCCUCGCCCCCACCGUGCACCUCGUACACCAGCAAUUCGAGGUGAUUCGGGAGUACACGGACCUCGACGCCACCGAGUGCUACGGAGCGUCCGGGGUCGCCGAGUGGACCGCCGAGCAGUGGAAGGAGCAAGUCGGGAGCAAGGAGAUUGCUGUUAUGACGCCACAGAUACUCUUGGAUGCUCUCAGGCAUGCUUUUGUAACAAUGAGCGCAGUGAGCUUACUAAUAUUUGAUGAAUGCCAUCGUGCCUGCGGAAACCACCCAUAUACAAGAGUAAUGAAGGAAUUUUACAUUGGCUCUCAGUGGAGGCCAGCUGUAUUUGGAAUGACAGCAUCUCCUGUUGCUACCAAAGGCACUUCCACAAUACAAGAUUGUGAAGCGCACAUUGCUCAACUUGAACUUACAUUGGAUGCCAAGGUUAUCUCACCGUCCAGUAAUUCUUUCACUUUGAACUUUAUUGAGCCUUUGGAACCCAUUUCGCAGUGAUAAAUAAUAUCCAUGUCUUACAUGCCAUUCCAGGUAUACAUUAUACAAGAUCGGAGUGAACUUGAGAGCUUUUCCCCUCCUGCAACAAUUGUGAAUAAAUUCUAUGAUGCUUACUUGAUUGAUUUUGAAGAUCUGAAAUCAAAGCUACAGACAUUGUAUGCAGAGUUUGAUGCUUUGUUGGUCAGUCUGGAAGAAUCGUCGCCAAAUAGAUUUGAAGACACCAACAACAUAUUAGAGACAUCAAGAAAGACUUUGUCCAGAUACCAUGGGAAGAUAUUUUACAGCCUAAAUUAUCUAGGCCCAAUCAUAACCGCCGAGGUAGUGAAGAUAUAUAAUGAAAGCAUCAAGACACUUGGUGAUUCUGAAGAUUGCCUCUACUCUAAAGCUAGCUUCAACCUACACGAGUCUUAUUUUAAGGAAGCCUUAUAUUUGAUAGAGGAAGUUCUGCCACAAGGUUAUGAAGAACUAAUGAAAUCAGAAUCUGGUUCUGCGCAUUUAAGUAAAAGGGGGUCAUCAAACGAGGUGAUUUGCCUAAUUUUUGUAGAUAGAAUUAUGACAGCUAAAGCUGUUGAGAGGUUCAUGAGAGGAAUUGUAAAUUUCUCUAGUUUUUCAAUUUCUUACUUGACUGGAGGGAGUACGUCAAAAGAUUCUCUGAGCCCAGCAGUGCAGAGAUUUACUCUGGAUUUGUUUCGAGCUGGAAAGGUAAACCUGCUUUUCACUACAGAUGUGACAGAAGAGGGUAUUGAUGUACCGAACUGUUCUUGUGUCAUACGCUUCGACCUGCCCAGAACUGUUUGUAGCUACGUCCAAUCUCGUGGUCGUGCCAGAAGGAGCAACUCAAAUUAUGUUCUUAUGAUUGAGAGGGGAAAUAUGGAGCAGCAGGAACGCAUAUUCCGUAUAAUACAGACUGAGUACUAUAUUAAACAUUUUGCUCUUUACAGAAGCCCCAAUGUUUCAUCCUCUAAUUCUCCUAUGCAAGAGAAGUACACAUACCAUGUUGAUUCAACAGGAGCAACUAUAACUGCAGAGUGUUGCGUCAAUCUAAUUCGUAAAUACUGUGAGAAACUUCCUAAAGAUAGAUAUUACAUGCCAAAGCCUUCCUUUGAAGUGUCUGGUGAAGAUGGAUCAUAUCAAUGUAUCUUGACUCUACCUCCAAACGCGGCAUUUCCAAGGAUAGUUGGCCCCUUAUGCAGUACAUGUAAUUUAGCCAAGCAGCUUGUAUCCCUAGAGGCAUGCAAGAAACUGCAUCAGCUGGGAGAACUUAACGAUCAUCUUGUUGUACCCAUAAUUGAAGAACCUAUGGAUAAUGAUAUUGCUUUGACCUAUGGGAAAUUCAUUUCAGGACCAGGAACAACUAAAAGAAAGGAGCUCCAUGGAACAACAAAUGUUCUAGCUCUGUCGGGAUCGUGGGUUCAUGGAAGUGAAAAUGUCACGCUGAAUACUUAUAGAUUUGAUUUUGUUUGUGACCAAGAAGGUGAAAACUAUGCUGGGUUUGUUUUGUUAAUGGAGUCGGCACUUGAUGAUGAUGUAGCUUGUUCAAAAAUGGAUCUCUUCCUGAUCCCUAAUAAAAUGGUAUAUACCACGGUAACACCUUGUGGAAAAGUUCAACUGAACAGAAAGCAGCUACGUGAAGGGAAGUUGUUCCAAGAAUUCUUUUUCAAUGGAAUAUUCGGCAGACUAUUCCAUGGUUCUCGGACAAGUGGAGUGCAAAGGGAAUUUCUUUUCAGAAAAGGACAUGAAAUACAAUGGAGCUCAGAGAGCAUGUACUUGCUUUUACCUUUGAGGCAUUCACCACCUAUCCAGCAAGAUCUAAGCAUACACUGGGAGGCAGUUGAAUCCUGCACCCAGGCAGUGGAGCAGUUGAGAAAUUUGUAUAUGGAAGAUGGAAAUCUUCACGCACAUUUUAUUCAAGACAGAAGUAUCAAGGGAGAAGACAUUAUUCAUCUGGCCAACAAAUCUCUUCAUUUUUCCACCAUAAAAGAUUCAGUUGUGCUAUCACUUCAUACUGGGAGGAUAUACAAUGUUCUUGACUUGAUCUAUGACAGGACUGCUGAGGACUCAUUUGAGGAGAUGUAUAAUGGGAAAGCUUCACCAUUUUCUUCAUUCGUGGAAUACUACCAUGAAAAGUAUGGUAUUACUAUUCAACAUCCAAAUCAACCAUUGUUGCUGCUAAAGCAAAGCCACAAUCCACACAAUCUUCUUUUUUCAAAAUUGAAGUACAUAGAUGAUUCUACGGGCGAUCCUUUGCUCAUGGAAAAAGAGCAAAUACACGCCCGAGUCCCACCUGAACUAUUAAUCCACAUUGACGUGACAAUUGAAAUUCUCAAAUCGUUUUAUUUAUUGCCUUCUGUAAUGCAUCGACUUCAGUCUCUCAUGCUAGCCAGCCAGCUUCGCAGAGAUAUUGGUUAUACUCAACACAUACCAGCUCACCUGAUUUUGGAAGCUAUCACAACUUUAAGGUGCUGUGAGACAUUUUCCCUGGAGCGUUUAGAACUAUUGGGAGACUCGGUACUGAAGUAUGUGAUAGGAUGUGACCUUUUUUUAAGGUAUCCAAUGAAACAUGAAGGUCAUCUUUCUGAUAUGAGAUCCAUAGCCGUCUGCAAUGCUACACUUCAUAAACAUGGAAUAUGGCGAUCCUUGCAGGGUUAUGUACGGGAUAGUGCAUUUGACCCACGGCGCUGGGUUGCUCCUGGACAGAUAUCAUUGCGCCCUUUUCCUUGUAACUGCGGGAUUGAGACUGCAUUUGUUCCAACUAAUGGAAGAUAUAUCACAAACGACCCAUCUUUUGUCGUGGGAAAACCAUGUGAUAGAGCUCACAGAUGGAUGUGCUCGAAAACGAUAUCUGAUUGUGUUGAAGCCCUAGUUGGAGCAUAUUAUGUUGGUGGUGGCAUUGUUGCUGCACUUUGGGUUAUGAGGUGGUUUGGUAUUGAAAUCAAAUGUGAUAGAAAGUUGGUACAAGAAGUAAAGCUUAAUGCAUCUUAUAUAUGCUACUUACCUAAAAUAAGGGAUAUUGAGGAGUUGGAAGCAAAACUGAAGUACACCUUCUCUGUCAAAGGCCUUCUACUGGAAGCCAUAACUCAUCCAUCUCUGCAGGAAUCAGGGGUUGACUACUGUUACCAGCGUUUGGAAUUUCUGGGUGAUUCUGUUUUGGAUCUACUAAUUACACGGUAUCUCUAUGUUACCCACACUGAUGUUGAUCCUGGUGAAUUAACUGACUUACGUUCUGCUUUGGUUAGUAAUGAAAAUUUUGCGCAAGUUGUUGUAAGAAACAAUGUUCACAGCCAUCUGAAGCAUGGGUCUGGAAUACUUUUAGAGCAAAUUACAGAAUAUGUUAGGUCCAAUUCAGAGUGCCAAGGGAAGGAUAAUGAAUUCCUUCAACAUGCUACAUCUAAAGUACCUAAGGUACUUGGAGACAUUAUGGAAAGCAUUGCCGGUGCAAUAUUUGUAGACUCAGAUUUUAAUGUUGAUUUGGUUUGGAAGAUUGUUGAACCGUUGCUUUCUCCAAUGAUUACACCUGAUAAUCUUGCAUUGCCACCUUAUCGGGAGCUGCUAGAGUUAUGUAGUCACCUUGGUUAUUUCAUAAAUUCAAAAUGCAGUAGUAAAGGAGAAGAGGUAAUUAUAGAUAUGUCAGUGCAAUUACGAGAUGAACUGCUGAUAGCCCAAGGACAUGACAGAAAUAAGAAGAGUGCAAAGGCAAAAGCAGCAGCUCGUAUUCUGGCAGAUCUAAAGAAACGGGGUCUUUCAAUCAAACAAUGUUUAUCCAAGGCUAAGCAGCUGGACGUUAUAUCUUCGAACCUGCAGUCUCACUUGACAAGUUUAGAAUCACCACUUGAUUAUUCUGAUAUGAAUGACUAUUCUAGCCUGGGAGGUCUGUCCUCACUGAAAGAAGCAGUUGUUCUUACGCUCAAAAUGGAUAAAGGUGGACCAAGAAGUGCUCUUUUUAAGCUAUGCAAGAGGUUGCAGUGGCCAAUGCCAGAAUUCGAAUUUGUGGAACAACGGUUUAGGACUCCUAUUAUUCUGGACGGGGUAACCACAACGAACUUCAAUAGCUUCGUUUCAACCAUCACCUUGCAUGUACCUGAUGUAACAGCCAUUACACUUGAAGGCGAGCGGCGUACUGACAAAAAGGCUUCUCAGGAUUCAGCAUCGUUGAUAAUGCUACACAAGCUUCAAGAGCUCAAGGUCUGUAUAUGUAAGACUUAG